AUGGAUAAACCCAAAUCCGCAAGAGCUUACAAUAAGAAGGCUUGCAAUUAUUGCUCUUCUUUAAAAAGGAAAUGUGUAGUCGGUCUUUCUCGUCAAUCUUGUGAAAGAUGUGCGAACCUUCGUAAGAAAUGCGAUUUUACAAGAAUUGAUCGUAAACGUGGACCAAAACCAAAAAGAACUAUAACUUCACAAAUUCCAGCCGAACCAAAGAUAACUUCAAUUACACCUCAACUGCUAGAUGAAUUUUUGAACAAAGAUCAAAAAUUAUCAGGAAAAUGCACAAAUUGCC